UGUAAAAUUUUAAUAUAAAUUUAUGAUUAAACCUGAGACGUUUCUGGGAGAGAGAGAAGUCAAGCACAAGCCGUAGUUUUUAAGCAAAGAAUCCCCAGUUCGUCAGAUCUCUAUCACCAUACAAUUGUACUCCAGAUCUGUUUUUGACGGUGUGGGAAAUUCCAAUUUUGGACCUUUGAGCUAGGCUUACCAUAUCAAGAUUGUGCCAGUUCAUAUAAGAUGUACAUUUGGUCAUCAUCAUACGAAAAUGCAGGAAUUGAGCUGGUUUUUAUAUAUAAAUGGACUGCAAGAAGUUCAUCCAGUUGGUGGAGGAGAAAAAGAAGAGAGCUUUGGAGAGGAAAGAAGCCCCUCUAAAAUGGGAGCAGAAGCUAGAAGCUGCUGCAAAGGCAAAGGCUGAUGCUGAAGCCAAGGAGAGGAAGUCAAAGGCCGCAAAGCAUAAAAGAAGAUCUGUGUCUAAUUCUGAUUCUGAAAGUGAUAGUGAUAGCAGUGACGAGGGUAGAAGGAGAAGAAGAAGAGGCCACAAGAAGCACAGAAAGCAUGCCCACUCUGAUUCAGGUGACAAUGAGAAGAGGAGGGAGAAAAAAUCGAAAAGAAAGCCAAAGAGACGAUCCCCGAGCUCUAGUGAUGAUAGCAGUGAUGAAUAUGAGAGUGGAUCCGACGAAGAGAGGAAUAAAAAACAAAGUCAUAGAAGACACAGGCAUAACGAUGUAAGGUCAGAUUCUCAGAGUGAAUCUAAAGAACGGAGGAGGAAGAAGCGAAACCAUAAAAGACACAGGUGCAAUGAUUCAAGUUCAAAUUCUGAUGUUUCUGAUUCUUCUAGCAAGGAUGGUAGAACCCGAAGGAAAAGUUGUGUGAAGCAUCAUAUACGUCACCAACGGUUGCACAGUGUGGACUCAAAAUCAUCCGAUUCUGAUGGCAACAGGCCCGACCAGAUAAGCAGAUCACUGGGAAUGUCAUCAGAUGACAACAAUGGAGAAGCAGACAAGCAACUGAGACACAAAAGCAGCCGGCAUCAUCACCAUCAUCAUCGUCGUAAACAUCAUCACAAUCACUCAGAUGAUAGUAAUCAUCACCAUCCUGUGAAUGAAGACAGAAUUCUACAUACCAACUCAGAUGUCAAGAACAUUCAAUCGCUUUCCAAUUCUGCAGAAUACAAUGGAAAGUACCAAACAGAACACACUGACAAAAGCAACGGCAAUGGUUCUUCUGAGUGUUAGACCAAGUCAGGAAUAUUCCUUGUCAUGGUCCAUCAAGUUACUGGAUUGUUUGUUUUUCUUUCUUUGUAUCUUAAAACUUUGGUUUGGAUUUAUUAUUGAUAUGAUUAUUACUAGAACUUGCCCAUUUAUUUUCUAGAUUAAUGUUGUAACACUCUUAGUCUCACGGGUUUCUUUUUUAGUUUGAACAAUUUCUAUUUCUCGUGAUGAAUAUUUUUUCACUUAUUUUGUGGAUUUUUCUUUAUAAAUUCUUGUGAGAUAUGGUAUCCUGCUCUA